AUGCGGCCAGUCCUUGCUUGUUCACUACCGUCAUCCGGCGGUCUAGCUCCUCUGCCGAGCUCAUUUUGUAUUAGUACAGGUGCAUGUGAUGAAUUUCUGGAUGGUCUUCCGGUGACCUUCAAUCCAAACUUGGUCGAUAGGCGCCACUUGGGCGCCGCUAGUGGCGACAUGGAAUUCCAGCACCAGUAUCAACAUCAUCCUCAACAACAACAGCAAGUAUGCUUUGCAGCCUUUUCUGGACAGCGUAGAAAACCGCCGAAAGUAAUCGCCGGGCGGUAUUUACUUGGCGAAACCAUUGGCCGUGGCAGCUAUGGCAAGGUGGGCCGUAAUCUCUUAUAA